ACCAAAUCCGAUUUACCAAUAAUAGCCAGGCUGUCAAUUGGGUGCAAAAUUUGUAACUCUAAAGUCAAAAUCAUAAAACCCUAACAUAAACCCUAGUCCUCUAACCCCUCAACACCAGCAGACAAAAUCACCAUUUCAAUCCAAUGAAGACAGUAUCAGGCAAAGUAACAUCAACAACUCCAAUAUCUCUUUCCAAUGCAGCAAAAUCACUCUCCAAAUUUGCUGCAUCAGAUAACCAUGGAGCUUCACAUGCUGUUUCUGUAUAUCUCCAACGUGCUGCUGAUUCAUUCAAUCAACUUGUUAAGGUACAUCAGAAACUCAACCCCAAUAGUUUAAAAGUUGAAGAUAUAGUCAAGAAUGAAGAUAUCCCAAUUGGGUCCCUAGAAAACAAGAAAAGCAAGAAUCUUGGUAAGGAUGAAAUCAAGAACUCAUCAAAAAUUGAUGUAGUGAAAAAUGAAGAUAUCCCUAUUGGGUCUCAAGAAAACAAGAAAAGCAAGAAUCUUGGUGAGGAAAAAAAACCGAAAGCCGAUACGAGGAAUAAGAUCAAGAACUCAGAGUCAGCAAAAUCCAAUGAAAGUGAGCUGAAGAAUGAGGAUAUUCCAAGUGGGACCCUAGAAAACAAGGAAAGCAAGAAUGUUGGCAAGGAAAAAAUUGAUAAGGUGAAGGAACAGAAGUUGGUCAAGAAUGAGCAACGACUCGAUAUAGGUGAAGGAGAGGUAGCAAAAUCGAAUAAAAAUGAGCUGGAGUUUGUUAAAACUGAUAGUUCUCUGAAGACAGAACAUGGGGUUGAGGAAGUUAAGGAAGAUGGUAUGAUAAGUAAAGAUAAGAAGAAGAAGAAGAAGAAAAAGAAAAAUAGAGGUGUUGGUGACAGUGAGCGCGAGGGGGUGAAAGUGGAAGAAGAUUUGGGGCAUGAGGAGGAGGAGGAAAGGAAGAAGAGGAAUAGUAUAGAUACUGAUGCUGACGAAAAUGCUGGUUCAGCAGAGCAGAGUCGUAAGAAAAAGAGUAAAAGGAGAAGAAUUGAAGGUGAAAAGUAAUUGAAUUAGCUAUAUUUUAGGAAGAUUAUUGCUGUUGUUGCUACUAGUGUUGAGGAUUAGUGUAAUGCUUUUUUGUGUAACGCACCUGGGAAAAUUGUCCCUUGUGGAUACUGUUGCUAUAGCUGUAUUGAUAUAACGGCUCGGGUAAUUUUAUGAGAUAUGAUUCAAUUUGAAAUGAUUAUGGAUCUAAGGAAGUUUUAUUGACAUAUUAUAAUUGAA